UCUGUUCGUGAGGUCACGUCCAAGUUCCGGAAUUUUUUCUAAUCGUCUGAUUCGUCAUGGCACGAAAUAUGAGUUAAACUCCAGCACGGUGUGGUGCAGAAUGCCAGAAGCACGUUGCCAUGGUUCCUCGCUCACGGACUCGCAACCUGCAGGUGCUAGACACGGAACUGAGCGCCGACGCUGUGGAGUGGUGCCCCUUGUCGCAGUGGCACAACGUGCUGGCAUGCGGAACAUACCAGCUGGUGAAGACGCCCGAUGGGGUGGAUGCUCAGUCUCCCAUGGCCAGCCGUGUUGGCCGGUUGUACCUUUAUCAGUUUCACCAAGAAGGACCACUUUGUCCACCUCUGACUGAGAUUCAGCGAAUUGACACACCGGCUAUUCUAGAUAUUAAGUGGUGUCAUGUCCCUGUACUGGAGCGCCCUCUCCUGGGCAUGGCCACUGCCUGCGGGGAACUGAGACUGUGGAGGCUCACUGACAGUGAGGAGGGCCGCUGUGGCCUGGAAUUGGUGUCCUGUGAGGAAGUGGGCCCAGAAAGACUGGCUUUGUCCUUAGACUGGUCCACUGGUAGAGGGGACAGCACCGACGCACGUGUGGUGACCAGUGACUCUGCGGGUUGUGUCAGUGUUCUGUCUCUGGGGGAAACCAGCCUCAACCUCCUCUCUCAGUGGAAGGCUCAUGAUUUCGAGGCCUGGAUCUCCGCCUUCAGCUACUGGGACACUCAGCUAGUAUAUUCAGGUGGUGAUGACUGCAAGCUGAAGGGGUGGGAUCUGAGAAUGGGGACUUCGUGUCCAACCUUCACCAGUAAGAGGCACUCAAUGGGAGUCUGCAGUGUACACAGCAACCCGCACCGGGAGCACGUCCUCGCCACGGGGAGCUAUGAUGAGCAUGUACUGCUGUGGGACGGGCGGAAUUUACGGCAGCCUCUUAGCGAGACGCCACUGGGCGGUGGCGUGUGGCGGCUAAAGUGGCAUCCAUCGCAUGAGCACCUGCUGCUGGCAGCCUGUAUGCAUAAUGACUUCCACAUCCUCCACUGCCAGCAAACACUGGAAGGUGGUGGAGGGGUGUGUCCAGUCCUGGCCUCCUACAUUCUGCAUAACUCUCUAGCCUAUGGAGCUGACUGGUCACGGCUCUCCCUAGAAGGGCCCCUGCCAUGCUCCUCUCAAGAUGGCGUGGAGAGCGCUGGGGCUGCAAUAGAAGUAGGAGGGCAUUUGAGGAUCCAGUACGAAUCGCCCACUGCCAGCUUCGACACGUCACUGGAGGAUGAGACAGGGAGGUACAUUCCAGAGAAUGAGGUUCCUUUGGUUGCCCGCACAUCUGAGGCUUCUAACCCUAUUCCUUCCAGUGACAACCCCAACUCUCUGUCCUGCCUACUGGCCACGUGCUCCUUCUAUGACCACAUGUUGCACGUGUGGCGCUGGGAUUGGACCCCAGAGGAAACUGGCAAUACCAUGGAGGAAGGGGGUCAGGGCAGAGCAGAACAAAAUAAUGAAGGGCAGGUGACGCUGCGCACUUGCCCAGGAGAAGCUGCAGAGGGAGAGAUCUGAGCAGCCGGUACUUUCUAGGGACACAGUCCCUCUUCUGAUAGGGCUGGGAGCUGCAUACAUACAUACAAACCAUAUUGGCAAAUAAG